UAUAGAUAAAAAACAGUUGAAGUCGUAUACAUUUGUUAAAAAUGUCAAGAGCAAUGAAAACAAAAUUUUGGUUCUUCAUGAAGUGUGUGGUUUUGUGUCUUAAAAAUAUAAUGUAUGAUAUUCUGUCUUGGGUUAAUUAUUUGAAUUGUUAUACUAAAACCAAAUUUUUUUCCGAAAAUGGAGGGUAAAAAACCGGCAUUGGGACUCUAAUUUUUGCAUCAUUAAAUCAUGUUUGAAUGACAACCAAUUGGUUUUGCAGAAAGAUGAGCCGGAAUACGAAAAAAUUGUAAACUUUAAACCAGUGGCAGCCAUUCCGCCGGGCGAAAACUUCACAUCCGUAAUGUUGCGAAUUCAUAUGGAUCUUCAAAUAAAAGAGGGCAGCUGCAAACACAAAACCUAUAUAUUCAAGACAAUGUUGGCGGAGAAACGUGGUGGCAAGGAGAUCCGUGAGGGCGGCAUCUUUGACAAGGAGCUUAUGAUGUACCAGACUUACCUGCCCGGCUACGAGGAGCUCUACAGAUCCGCCGGAGCAGAGGUUCAGCUGGCUCCCAAGUGCCUGCAUACGGAUCAGCAUGAGAACGGAAUCCAUUUAGUGUUCGAAGAUCUGGGUGUGAAGAAGUUCAAGAACGUGGAUCGCAUCCAGGACCUAGACCUUUUGCACAUGAAGAGAUCCCUUCGAAAACUGGCAGAGUUUCAUGCCGCUGCAGCUGUAUAUGCCGAACAAAAUGGACCAUACCCCUCGGAAUUCGAGGAGGGAUUCUUUCGUCGAGAUUAUCUAAAGCUACAUGAAAAGGACUUCUUAGUCAAGGCGAGAUCCUAUCACAAAUCCAUGGCUGGUUGGGGAUUUGAGAAUCCAGAAAAAUACAUUAAAAGUUUUUGUUCAAAAAUGUGUGAAAGGAAUCUGGAAAUGGAUCCUUCGGCCUUCAACACACUCACGCAUGGUGACUUUUGGUCCAGUAAUCUGAUGUGCAAUUAUCUAGCCAACGGCGAAAUCGAUGAGGUCAUCUUGGUUGACUUCCAGCUGUGCAAAUGGGGCAGUCCUGCCCAGGAUUUGCUAUUUUUCAUCACCCUGUCGGCGGCCAGAGAUAUCAAGCUCAAGGAGUUCGAUAAUUUCGUUAGGAUCUAUUGGGAACGUUUAGUGGAAUGCCUAAAGCUGCUCAAGUACCAGAAACCUGUGCCCAAGUUGCGUGAUUUGCAGACAUCCUUGUACCACGAUACAAAUACUAUCUACGCUUUUAUUGCCAUUUUCAACCAUUUGCCUGUGAUUCAAUUUCCAUCCGACAAGGAAUCCAAUUUGUAUUCCCUAAUGCGUGACGACGAGGAGGGCGACAAAUUUCGGCUGCGCAUCUUCACAAAUCCCAGUUUUUGUGACCUUAUGAAUGAAAUCUAUCCAUUUUUCUACAAUCGGGGCAUCUUUAAUUUUAGUGACUACGAAUAGGAGGAGAAUUUUAUAAUACAUACAUGGGUUCUAAGUAAACUUAUUGUUGUUCUAUCUACGAU